CAACACAUUUCGAUCUGCACGUUCAGACGAACGUGUCAUGAGUUUACAAAAUUGCUUUUAUCAGGAUCUGAGCAACGGUCACGAGAAUGUCCCAAUUUUAAUGAAAGAUGAUGUCAGCAGAGUUGAUUUCCCCGUGUUUCAGUAUUCACCAGAAAAUGUUCCAGGACCAGGAUGUGCCACAGACCCCAGUGAAGUGACUAUACCUGGAUGCUCCUGCCUUACACAUUCCUGCUUGGCUGAGAGCUGCUCCUGCCUGCAGACAUAUGGGCAGACAUAUGACAGCUCUGGCACACUCCUAGACAUCAGAAGUACAGAUGCUACUCACUGCAAACCUGUGUUUGAAUGCAAUGCACUUUGUGCUUGCAGUGAAGCCUGCUCCAACAGGGUGGUCCAAAGAGGCAUAAGGUUCAGAUUGGAGGUUUGCCGCACCAAGGAGAAGGGCCUGGGUGUGUGGACAUUAGAACCCAUUCCCCAGGGGACUUUUGUUUGUGAGUAUGCAGGCGAGGUGAUCAGUUUUGAGGAGGCCAGACGUAGACAGCUCAUUCAGGGGCCUGAGGACAACAAUUACAUUAUUGCAGUGAGGGAGCAUGCAGGUCAGGGCGCUAUUACUAAGACCUUUAUGGACCCGACCAUGGUGGGGAAUGUGGGGCGCUUUCUAAAUCACUCCUGCCUUCCCAACCUGUUGAUGGUGCCGGUCCGUGUCCAUUCUACAGUUCCCAGACUGGCAAUGUUUGCAGCCCGGGACAUUGACGCCCAGGAGGAGCUGACAUUUGACUAUGCAGGAUGCCUCAGACACCAACGUACUGUAGAGCUGCCAACACAGAGUGCUUUUGCCUUACCAACUAACACACAUGCACUCAAGAGGAAAGCAUGCCACUGUGGUGCCCAGAACUGUGCCCAGUUCCUUCCACUGGACCUAUCCGUCAUCAACUUAUGAUCACAUUUACACCUCAGUUAUUUCUAUAUGCAUAUUUUUGUCCAGCCCUUCAUGGUUGAUUUAUGUGAA